CAACGAGUGUCAUUCUCCGCACAGCUCUCGACCUGCGAGCACGAUCGUUCGUCAGCAAAGUUCCGGAAUGUCCGACGAUGCGACAGAGGGGGAGCAGCGUCCACUGCCCGUGGUGGUCGGCGUGGAUGUCGGAGGGACCAACACUGAUGCUGUCGUCAUCAGCAAGGUCAAAGGUCAGGGUGUUCGAGUGUUGGCUGAGGACAAGCAUCUGACCACUAGUGACGUAACAGCUGGGGUCCGCAAUGCCGUGCUCAGCGUGUUGAGGACCGCUCGCAAGGUGCAAGGGCCGAUAACCGUCAGGCAGGUGAACAUCGGUACCACGCACUUCGUCAACGCCGUGGUGCAGCACAAGCAUCUGUCGCGCGUCGCCGUCAUCCGCCUCUGCGGCCCCGCCUCCCGCGCCGUACCCCCCUUCUUCGACUUCCCCCCAACCCUCAAGCGACUCGUGGCGGGCCCUGUCUUCUUCGUCAAGGGUGGCUACCGUGUGGACGGGCGCGAGAUCGAGACACUGGACCCCGAAGAGCUGCGAGCUACAGCCGAAAAAAUCCGUGCGGAGGGCGUAACCGGGGUCGUGCUCUGCAGCAUUUUCGCACCAACGCGGCCGGACCACGAGCUGCAGGCAGCGCGCGUACUCCGUGAAGCGUACCCAGAGAUCAGCUUGACCCUGUCGCACACCAUCGGGCAGAUCGGCCUGCUGGAGCGCGAGAACGCCGCCAUCUUGAACGAGUGCAUCAAAGAAUUGUGCCGCCGCACGAUCUCUGGCUUCCGGCGAGCUCUGGACGACCUAGGAGUUCGCUCUCCUCUCUUCUUGACGCAGAACGACGGCACGGUGAUUAGCCAGGAGCAGGCGCUGGCCACGCCAGUUUUUACUUUCGCUUCCGGUCCCACCAACAGCAUGCGUGGCGCCGCCUUCUUGUGCGACGUGGCCGACGCUGUGGUGGUGGACAUCGGUGGCACGACGACGGACGCAGGGGUGCUGCGGAGGCGGUUCCCCCGCGAGGCCUCAACUGACGUGCGUGUCGCCGGCGUCCGCACCAACUUCCGUAUGCCUGACGUCCGCAGCGUGGGGCUCGGAGGCGGCUCCUACGUCACUAAAACCCCACAGGGUCAGACACAGGUAGGUCCGCUCAGCGCUGGCUUCAACCUGCAGCGUGAAGCCCUCGUCUUCGGAACGUCCCCUGAAGCCAACGCCGACGUUAAUUCUGGCCGCUGGCUGACUGCUACUGACGUGGCGGUAGCGGCGGGGAUGAUGGAGCUUGGGGACAGGUCGCUCGUGCGCGACCUGCCGGAGGCCGACGUUGCGGCGGCGCUGCAGCGCAUCCGGGACAUCGUGGAGGAGGCUAUCGACAGUGUAAGGGUUAGUGACGAGCCGCUGCCAGUCAUCCUGGUCGGAGGCGGCAGCCUGUUGCUGGACCGCAGUCGCCCCAUGCAAGGUGUCCAACGCUUCUUGCUGCCAGACCACCACGGAGUGGCCAACGCCAUCGGAGCGGCUCUUAGUCAGGUCAGUGGCAGCGUGGAUGGGGUCACAAUGCUGGAGGCCAUGGUCGACACCGCGAUGAUGGAGCGUGCGGUGUCAGAGGUGAAGGCCAAGUUGGGGUCGGAAGCCAAGCAAGAGGUCGUGGAUCGUGAGGUCAGUGCUGCGCGGAAGCCUUUUCUGCUGGAGGCGCGCGACACAGCGAUUCGCACCAUGGAGGAGAAAGCCAAAGAUGCGGCGGUCAGAGCAGGAGCCGACCCCUCCACCCUGCAAAUCGUUGAAGUGGUUGACGUGGCCCUCACCUACCUACCUGGUUCAGCCACCCGCAUCAAGGUAAAGGCCAUCGGCGAGCUGAAAGAACCGGAGGGGAUGGACGAUGCCGUUGCAUGGGAGGAACCACCAAAUAUGUCAUUCGAGGACGCAGAUAGCAGCGCUCCGUCGUUGACCAAGCAGACGACCUCUGUGACGGGUCACAGCCUCGCUGCAGAAUCAGAGUCGGAUGCCUGGGCCACCCCGAUGGAUCCAUUUGUCGACCCAAACAGCGGGGAGUGGGUGCUGAGCGAGUGGGACAUCGACUGCAUCGCCGUGGGCGCUGGCAUCCUGGGUGCCGGUGGGGGAGGUAAUCCACACGUUGGACGCGUGCGGGCGCGAGAGGCCGUGAGACAAGGCCAGAAGAUACGAGUGGUAGCCCCUGAUAGACUGCUGCGCGAUGCUGAUCUUGAGAACGAUCUGCUGAUAAGCGUGGGCUUCAUGGGGGCGCCACUGGUGCUGUACGAGCAGACGACUUCCGGGCAAGAAACGCCUGAAGCGUUGAGGUGUCUUCAGGACCUAUACAGUAUAGGCAACUACGCUGAUGGAAAGCUACUGAACAAGGAGGGCGUCGAUAUCAAGGAGAAAGAUGGAGUGACGUACAUCGACGACUACAAUCCCCGUGCCAGGUCAGAUGCAGAAACAGCCUCAUCGGACAUCGCCGACGGCGGAAUCGGAAACCGUCGCGUGGUGGGCAUAUUGUGUGCGGAAGUUGGCGGAAUGAACUCCCUUGAGCCCCUGCAGGUGUCCGCCACGCUGGGGCUUCCGGCCCUGGAUGCGGAUGGUAUGGGUCGAGCCUUUCCCAUGCUGCAGAUGUUCCUGCCCUUUAUCAACGGUUGCGCCCCUUACCCGUGCGCCUUAGCGGAUGACAAAGGGCGCAGAGCAGUGAUCCUCCACAGCCAGAACGCUCGCCAGGUGGAGGACCACAUGCGCCUCGUUUCCAUGGACAUGGGGUCAGCUGCAGGCCUGGCCAUUGCCCCAGUCAGCGCUGGUGAUGUCAAAAAAUAUUCUGUUAUGAGGUCGUUUUCCCGGGCCUGGAAGAUUGGGGACACCAUCCUGCGGGCCCGGCGGCAGAGACACAACCCGCUGCUGGCGCUGAUGGAGGUGGAGCCGGGCCGCAUCCUGCUGGUGGGCAAGAUCCGUGACGUCACGCGCGAGACCAGCGGCGCCUUUAACAGGGGCCGCGUGCGCGUUGAGGGCGUGCCCUUCGAGUGCGAGACAGAGAGAAAGGAGGUGACGGCCCUUACACACCUGGUGUUGGACUUCCAGAACGAAAACCUCGUUGUCAGACAAGUGGGCGAGCAAGGGGAGGUAGUCCAAACACUCGCGGUUGUCCCAGAUGUCAUUUCCAUCGUGGAUGCGGAAACUGCUGAGCCCAUCCCCACAGAGGAAGUGCGCUACGGCCAACGCGUUGCCAUAGUGAUCAUUCCAGCACCACCUCCAAUGACGACCCCUCGCGCACUCGAAGUGGUCGGCCCGGCAGCCUUUGGAUACCCGGAGGUGGAGUACCGUCCCUUGGGAUACUACCGUGAACCAACACCCAUACCGCCUUCAUGAGGAGCACAACAAAAGUUCACUACUUCAGAGGAAGUGUUUCAUAGUUCUGGGGUAAUGCCUGCCUAUUUUGUGUUAGACUUUCAAAUAAUUGUUGCCUAGCUAUUAAGGUCAAUUUUAAAAAAUAUUUUCUAUUUAAUGCAAUGCAGUAUGCAACUCAAAGCACAGCGGACAUCAAGCAACAGUUUUCUCAUGGGUAUGUUCUAGUAUGGUGGCAAAAUUUCACUCCUGUAGUGAGGUUUAGGGUCCUGGGCUCAGAUUGCAUCUCGAGGCAUAUGCAUGUCUUUAUGACGCUGGCUAUCAGGGUUUUUCUCCCACUUCAUCAUCUACUCCCUGCAAUCUUCCAUCAAAUUUUCAAACCAGGCAAACUUCUCCAGAAAACACCCUUCCCCAGACCUUGCACCUUUGUUCAUGAGUACACACACCCUUCUGACAUGCAUUAACAUAGACCAAUUAUUUUGCGAAGUACACGGUUUUAUUUACUCUAAUUGUUGCAGGUAUAAACUAAACAAAAAUCUAGUAAAUGGUAUGACUACAUUUAUAAUUGAACAUAACAAAAGAAAUAGCAAUAUAUAGGAUGGAAUGAAAAUGGACGGAAUAUGUAAAAACCUUCAAUUUGAAUUUGAUGCAUAAGUUAAAAUUUACCCACUGGAAAACAUACAAAUAAAAAAAAAAUCACAGAA